AUGCCAGCUAUCAAGUCAAACGCUGAAUACAAGAAAUACACCCAGCAGCUCGAGAAAGAGAGAGGCGAGCUCCGCAAGGAAUUGGCUCAGGAGAAAGGGAAAAACGAGGAGCUCACCACUACCAUCUCUACAAUGCGCAAAUUCCUCAAAGAUCUAAAACUGGAGUCUAGAAUCGAGCUGAAGGAUUUGAAGGCGGUGUUAGCUGAGGUUGUCCAGGCGGACCAACAAAAAGAGGCGGAGCUUGCAAAGCUCUCCACAGAGCUACAGUAUGCCAACGCGUCCCUAGAAGCUACUGAGCAACACUUCAACCUGAAAACUCUCAAUGUCUCUCAACAGAAGACGUUGCGGCUGGAGACAGAGAUUCGGAUUCUAAAGAAGAGAUGUGAGGAGGCGGAGAAAAAAUUGCAGAAGGUACAGGAGGAGGAAGCGAGCAAUAAGUCGACGGAGGAGCUUCACAAUUUGAAAUUGAGUCUGGAAGCUUUGAAAACUGAAAAUGAGGCGUACAUCGACAGAAUUUGCACUUUGCAAAUUGCCAACUCGACUUUGCAACACGAGAAAAAUGUGGGGGAGUUUGAGAAGGAGAAGAUCAAGAAGCAAUUGGAGAAGAGUGAGGAGGAGAAGGCUCAACACUAUUCUGGAAGUGUUUCCGGAAGCUUCAAUGGAAUCCAAAAACUGCAAACCGUGUUGGAGAGCAAGGAGGGGAUGUUGAAGAAGUUUGCAAAGUGA